UCACCACCCUCGAGGCGCCGCGCAGAGGAGACGCCACCCCAGGGCCGGAAUGUUGGCCCUGCUGUCCCCGUGCUGGACGUCGCCUGGGACCUCAGGCUCAUCAGCUGCCCCUCACGUGGGGCUGCCCGACCUGGGCGGGCUGACGCACGAGGCGCACCGGAAGGAGGUGGAGCAGGUGUACCUGCGCUGCGCGGCGGGCGCCGUGGAGUGGAUGUACCCGACCGGAGCGCUCAUCGUCAACCUGCGGCCCAACACCGCCUCCUCGCCCCGGCCGCUGACGCUCUGCAUCCAGCCCCUCCAGGACGCGUCGGGGGCCAAUAUUUAUUUGGAAAAAACUGGAGAACUGAAGCUGCUGGUGCGGGACGGGGAGCGGGGGCCCGGCCAGACGCGGUGCUUCCCCUUCGCGCGGGGCGGCCUGUUCGUGGAGGCCACCCCGCAGCUGGACAUCAGCCGCAGGGCCACUGGCUUCCAGUAUGAGCUGACGGGCCACAGCGCCGGCUCCCACCUGCAGGCGCCUUCCGGUCCCCCUGGGGGCUUCCCAGUGGCCCUUCCCAGGCCCGGCCUUGGGAGGCCCAGGCCAGCCUGCAGUGACCCCGUCGGUGUCCCCAGCCCGUUCCUGCUGCUGCAGCUCCUGCAGCUUGGGAAUGGACGCCGGUCUCGGGGGUGCCGGCUGGCCGGGGGCCACGGGGCCUGGACGGCUCAGCUGGGCCUGCGCAGCUGA